AUGGAAGAAUUAAGAGCAGUCAUUGUUGAUAUAGAAUCUAGGCUCAAUAACAGACCCUUAACCUACUUGAAUGAUUCUGCAUUGGAUAUAGGAGACACUGACACCCUCUCACUUGAUACAUGGCAGAAAAAUAGAUCCUGUCCCAUGUACCAAGAACAACCUUGUUCCCAAAGACCCUUGGCAAAAACCAUAUCUAUACACCCAGAUGAGGAAGGAAUACUAGGAAUAGUAAAGGUCCCAAGAAUCCCGAGGAAAUUCCUCAGGGGAUGUCAGGAAGAACUGAUUGCAUUUUUCUCUUUUGUGUGCAGGAGUUUAUGUGAGGAAAGUAUUGAGAGAAUCUUAGAUGGUAACAACUUCAACCUUCAACAAGCAUCUCAGGAAAUAUUAAAUACUGACCUGAAGGAUGUAGGCGCUCCUUGCAUCCCAGAUGACUUGCUGAAGGGUAAGAAGAACUCGCUGCCUGGUCCUGUGGUACUGCAAGUGGCUAAGAUGCGUAAUGUUGCUGCACCAAAAGCUUUUGAGGAUUCAGGCUCUGCUCCAAGGAUGCUGCGUGUAUCUCUCACAGACGGUUCUAGUACUGUACAGGCUCUUGAGAUGCAGAACAUCAAGCCGCUUAGCCUCAAAACUGCACCGGGCACUAAAGUACGUUUGGCGGGCAAGAUUACUGUUGGUGGUGGAUUUUUGUUAUUGUUCCCAAACAAUAUUACUGUGAUCGGGGGCACCGUUCAGGAACUGUACGACAAGUGGAAACUCUCAGUGAGUGUGUCUAAGUUCAGCCGUGGAGUGUGUGCUGCUGAUGGCUCUGGUCCACCUCUCUGGGUUCCAUUUGGCAAACGUAUCUUAAAGGACCACAGAGAAAUGCAAAAGUUCAAGGCCCUCAAGGAUUCCAGUGGCAAGGAUAAAGAGGAUGAUGAGUUUGAAACCCAACGCAAGCAAACAGUGAAGGAGUUGGCCAAAGAGGGAAAUAUGAAGGUAUUUGGAGGUGGCAAGCAGAUGUUAGAUGCUAAUGUGCAGAAAGUUGUAAAUGCUGGAUUUUCUCCAGAGGUUGCUGAAUGGGCCCUGAGAAACAGUAAAAAUGACCCAACUAAGGCUAUCAGAGAUCUAAAGGCAGCAGCUAGUGGUCAACCUCCUCCAUCUGAACGUAACAGCUACAACCAUGAUGAUGAUGAUGGCUAUAGUGGACGUCGAGGCCGAGGUGGACGAGGGCGAGGUAGAGGUCGAGGGCGAGGGAGAGGAGGAGGAGGACCAGAUGAUAGCGACGAUGACUUUGAACCUCCACCUAGUAUGCCCCGGCCAUCUGGACCUGCUUCUCUCUUUGACUUUUUCGAUACUAAGAUGAUUGAAAAGAAAGAGACUGUGAACUUUGUUGAACCAGUACCAGAUGUGCGAGGAGCAUCCUAUCAUGGAGGCCGCGGUGGUUAUGGUGGUCGGGGGGCUCGAGGUGGGAGAGGCAGUAGAGGAGGGCGAGGAGGGUACUGGAGUAAAGGAGAGGUCAAUGGCAGUGUUACUCCUCCAAAUUUGACCGCUGAGAACUGGCCAGCUCCUGGAGAGGAGAAGUCACCUGCCCCAAGCAACAGAACCUUUUUCGAGAGCAAAGAAUUGAUGGAGGAAAAAGAGUACCAGGAGAACAUGACAAGGAAGCCAGUGCCUCGCACAGUCACAGCCACAGGGAGGGAACAUCAAUCUAACUCAUACAAUAAUAACUACACUGGGCAGCAAGGUUAUGGGAGAGAGGAAGGGGGACAGAGAGCUUAUGGGAACUAUCAAAGGGACACAGAAAAUAGAGAUGGUGGCAGCAGACGAGACUAUGAUGGAAGUAGCAGUAGAGCAAACAAUUCUCAGGACUGGAGUGGUCGGGGAGAUAGAAAUGGAAGGAGAGGAGGUCGAGGGGGUAGCAACUAUAGAGGUGGAGGUGGCAGUAGGGGUGGAACUAGCAGUUACGGUAACAGCAACAGCUAUGGUAGUGGAGAUGGUGGUGGAAGUACUUAUCGAAGUGAUAGAGGGAAUUAUAGUGGUUAUAGGGGUGGGAGAGGCAAUAAUACAAGUGGUUUUAGAGGGGAUGGGGGCAACAGUAGUAAUUACAGAGGUAGUUACAGGUCUACUGAAGGAAGCUCAAGUGGUUACAGGGGUGAUGUAGGUAAUUAUAAUGAUUAUCGGGGUGAUGGAGGCAGUGGUAGAGGAAGCAGCACCCACUAUGACAAUAGUUAUGAUCAGUACAGCAACAGACAAGGAAAUCAGUAUACUAGUUAUGACCGCAAUCAGGGAGGCCGAGGUAGAGGUGAUGAAACGGGUGGGAGAGGUGGAAACUGGAGUGCCGGCAGAGGAGCGGGUGGACUGCGAGCAUCAUCCGAGCACUCGGCAAAGGAACUGGAGAUGAUUCGAGAAUUCCAGAAGAGUUUGGCCAUAUCUGGACAUUACCAGCAGGAGUAUGAUAGCGGGUCUAAUUAUCGUGGAAGAUAUGAUGGGAGUGGAGAUAGCAAUGCUGGCUUUUCUGGUACUUUGGAAUUUCAUCGUGGUGGCAGAAGCGUUGGGAGGAGAGGGGGGCGGGGUGGUUAUUACUGAGGCCAUCUUUUUGUCACCUGUAAUAUUAGUUCAGUUAUAAGGGAAUACUGCUACAGAGUCUGUAGAAAUCUUAAUAAGUGUCCACUUUAACUUUCUAGAACCACAAGCUACAGGAGAAACCAUUUUGACAGGCUGAAAUUACCCCCUCUCAAAACACUAAGUCUUAUGUAGCUAUAUCAGAUAAUCACUGCCACACCAAAUAAAAUGUGUCCAAGAUUAGUGCAAUAAAGAAUUGCAGCACCAUGAUGCUUCUUUAGAUUAUGAGACAUUUUAAAUUGUAUCUGUGUCAUAGGACUACUUUUGUGACAAUUAUAAUUACUUUCUACAGUAACUGCUGCAAUUGAACACUUCCUCUCUGUCACAAGUACUCUAAUGCCAUACCCAGUGACUUUAUGGGCAAUUUGAAUCUAGUUUCCCGGUUCCUUAAAUUUCAGUUCUAAAGAUUUCUGCCAGGUAAGUUGCAGUGAAAAACUCAGCCCUGAAAGUUUGUGUAAUGCAUAUUUUCCUUGGGAAGAGCCCCAAACCUCCCCCUCACUGACCCAUGUUUGACUUAAUGACUUAUUGUAUAGUGUUGCAGGAUGUGGCCCAAUAAGCUGUGCCUCAAAGACUCAUCCCCUUUGACUCAUUGUAAAAUUUGAUAUAAAGUAUACACAACUUGAAUAGUUAUCACCGGUAUUCUGUUUAUACACAAGGAUGAAAGUUAAAUAAUAUAACUUUGGGAAUUCUAAACUUUACCUUUGUUUGGGAACAUUUAGAAGCACAGUUUUGUGUGCUAUUUGUACAAAGGAUUAAUUGUGAAUUUUUUUCUGAAUGAGAUCUUAUAACCGUGUUGGUAAUGAACAGAAAGUGAUUUCCAAGUGUUUAGGAACAGUGGUACUUUUUGGUGUGUCUGAGGAGAUUUGAUAAAAUAGUACUGUAUUCUAAUGUGUGUUUGUAUUAUAAUACCUAUGAUAAUUUAAGCUGACAAGAAUAUGUGAAGAAAAAAAGUAAUUAAAAAAAAGAAAAAAUGUUUGGCAUGUAGUCAAGUAGACAUACAGUAAAACCCUAUAAUUCAAAAUAAUAGGGGCUCUAGCCCUUACGAAUUAUGAGAUUUUACGAAAUAAGAGGGACACUUUUUCCAGAGGGAAAAAACAAUAAACAGUGGUACUUUUCCAGUAUCUGUCCAAGGCAAAACUCAAACAUUUCUCAGUACAGUAUCCUCUGUACCAGAUUUAGAUUCUUGAUCCAGGGUUAUUAGGCAUAUUGGCUGAAACACUGGACAAUGAUGGGAAAACAAGUGGAAAAAAGCUUACGCUGUAAACCGUAGACGUAUACUGUACUGUACUUCACAACUGACCAACGUGAAUUGAUGGGCAGUCGGCGGUCGCAUCCCAUGGCGACAUGUGCGUUAUAUAUAUUCAUAAAUGACUCAUAAUUCAAAAUUUUACCAAAUAUUAUGAAAAAUGUAAUAUAUAUCGUAAUAUUUUAAAAUGUCUCUUAUAUUUUGAAAUUUUACCAAAUAUGAAAUUUGUAAUAUAUAUUUUGUAAUAGCAAAACAUUACAAAUUAUGAUUGAUUUCAAAUUAGAGGGGCACGAGUUAUGGGAUUCUACUGUAGUGAAGAAACACAUUGUGCAGUGUUGAGUUAAUUAUUUAUACAGAUUAAUAAGAAAUGUGGAAUAUAAUAUUUAUGUAUCUUAAGGUAAACUGCAGGUAUUCUGAUAAAAUAACUACUAGCCAAUUUAUUAUAACUUUUGUGCUUUACUACUUGAGGCUGCAAGAGAAUAGUGUGUUAACGUAUCAUAGAAACUCAUAGUACUGUAUCUUUAAAAAAUUACUUAAAUAGGUCUGAAGGAAGCAUGAAUGCUCUAUUCUUAUUCUGACUUCUUUUUCUUAUGGCUGUAAGGAUUUAAAGUUUAUUCUUGGGCAUGUCCCAUGUGCAAGCGUCCUGCAGCAUCGAUUGACCACGCGAGUAAACGCUCUACCUUGGUGUAGCGGACAAACAUAUGUGUUUUCUUUGAUGUGUCCCACGUAGACGCAUGAAGCGUUCGCAAGUGACCAGGAAGCGGGAUCUAGAUGCGAGACCUGGCAGCAGCGAUCAAUAUUUUGUUUGCUACUUCCUCAGUCACGCGAGUCCUCGUAUUCUCCAAAGCUAAAGAAGGUUAAUCGAUCAUUUUCCACUACCCGGUAUUUACAGCUUGAUCCUGCCAAGAUAUAAGCCUUGUGGACUAUUAAAGUAGCUGAAAAAAGUUUUUCUCAUAUUCUAUGCAGAAGAAUGUAAUGCAUUGUUUAUUCUAGAAGGUGCUGUGUUAUUCCCAACUGUUCAUUCUUGAAUUGCAAGACUUUACAUCCAGACCCUCUGUGUCAAUGAUGAUAUUAUGGAAAAGUGAAGCACACUUUACAAUGUCAACAGCAGUAUCUACUUUUGUUUCAGUAGCUUUAUUUAAAAUUAUCCAUUUACUUGUACAAGUUUCAAAUGCAUACUCUACUACAUGCCUGGCAUGUGACAAUCUGUAAUUAUUUUUUUCUUUGUUCAGAGCAUUCCUAGAAUAGGGUUUUAACAAAUAUACACAGAGUAGAUAGGCCUUUUCCCCAAUCAGAAUACAUUCUCGUAUACUCGUGAACCUUAUUUGGAUCUUGACAAAGUUCUUUGUUGGGAUGGUGAAAUUUGCCUACUUCCAUCCUCCUGUGAUAUAUGGGAUGUUCUUUCCUAGGAACCUCUGCAGGUACAAUGCAUUGAAAAGCAUUAUUUUCUUAAAGUACCAGCAUACGUCUGCGCUGCAUAGAUGGUAUAUUUUACUCUGGCAGGUGGGACACAGGUCGCUUUGGAAAGUAGGUCGCACGUCUACGCCCUGGUUGCUCGAUGCCGCAGGACAUAGCCUUAUUUGUACUUUUUUUUUUAUACCUUUGCUUUGCCUAUUCAGUGUGUUUGUACUUGUCAACAUAUGCACAGGAAUAUGUUCAUCUGAGAUAUUGUUUAAGGUUUCUGUUCAUGUUGAAGUGUAGAUAUACCUUUAGUCUUUUAUUUGGUUCAUAACUGUAAUGUACUCACACCUUACAUUUCUAAUUCUUCCUUGCAUAUUUCAGUUACUUCAAGCAUUUUUAAACUACUGUAUUCUGAAUUUUUUACUCAUUUUUAUAAACUACAUAUGUAUUUUAUAGGCCAAAGGGUCAUCACCAAGAGACAUGUGAGGUAAAUGUUUCUCUUAUCAAAAAAUUUCUGGGAACACAAAAUGGAAUGAUAGAUGAUAUUAGCUUCCUGAGGUUCAGUGUUUGUACCCAUAAAUAUGUUAUAAUCAUGACUGAGAUUUAAAUUGUUCUUAGAUACUUACUGCAGUGCAAUGGUCUUCUGAUUUUUUCCUAUUAUUGAAAUGGAUAAUUGAAGUUAAUUUAUAAAAGAGAAGAAUACUUUCUAUGUAGCUAAUGUAUAGGAAUUGAAAGUCAUUAUUGAAAUAUAAUUAAUGGGCAUAGAUUACAACAAUAAAAAAUACACUCUUUAAUAUUACUAUAUACUAUUAGAGAGUUUUUUUAAUUUAUUGAUAAAUUCUUUUAAAUCAGUGUACACUUUCAGUGCCUGUCAAACUGUGGAUGCAUUACUUGCCUCGGAUGGUCAGAUAGGAUCAUCAAGAACCUGAGUGUUUGUAUAGAAUUUAUGUUUAUGUUAUACAGUAGACUCAUAGUUCAACGGGCUCCCACUGCAGUCAAAGAUGAAAUAGAAGGUUAAAAACCACAAGUUUAUUUAGUAUUAUGACAUUAUAAAUAUUUUAAAAUUAAAAAUAUAAUGGACUUGUGAACAACUGAUAAUCUUAAUUUGGGGGGAGAGAAAGUGAAGGCUGCACGAAGUUUAGUAAAUUGCCUCCCAAAGAACAAGUAAAUAAGGGCUAAGUGGUUAAAUAGUAGAAUCUGAGUCAUGUCAUUAGAUACAUUUAAAUUGAAGGACAGGUAACCAAGUCAGGUAACUGAGAGUCUACUGUAUUGAUGAGCUUGUGUUCACUUCAUGGUAAAUGCAAAGAAGCUAUUAUUGGUGGCUAAUGCUCUGCCAUGCAUAUCAGUAUUAUGUAAGUUUAUUGUCACUUAAGUUGAGAAUACAAGCAGUUCUAUGUGGAUACUUCUGUUUGUUAACUUAAACCUUUCCUGUCACUCCUUUCCACAUUUGCUGUGCAUCACUGUCCCAUACUGUUUCACCUCUACCCUAUUUUUUCUCUACUGUCCUAUGUGCUUUACCACUCCUAAGAAUGGGAUUUAAAUACAGUGGGGUCUCAUUUUACGUGGGUCUCGUGUGCGCGGUUAUUACUUAUGCGAUUGGUUGAAAUGUAACCAUAGUUAUAACAUACGCAGACAGUCAUGGGUAGCGCGGGUAGCAGUAUAGCAUUAAUUAUAGAUAUUUUGCUUAUUUACGUUAAUUAAAAAAAAUGGGCUUUGGGUCACUUUAAAUUACCGAAAAAUCCAGUGCUUAACAGAUGGUGGGUCCUGGCAACAUUGUUAGGGAGAGCAGGAUCAGCUGAUAACAUUCUGUACUGUAAACAAGAGACCACAAUAGCUCAUCUGGGAUUGGGUGUUGGAUUUUGCAGGGAAAUUUAAUUAUUUUUUGAUAAUGUUUUAUUAACCCGGCACCAAAUGAACCGAAAUAAUAUGGGAAUUAUGGCAAAAUUUGCAUGCUGUUUUUAUAAAGGAAUCAUGGGGUGCUGAACAGGAGGUGCUGAGUUGUCCUCCCUCCUCUGCCACCCUUCACUGACACACCCAAAUGUAGUUUUGUAUCUUAAUAUAAUUCAUAUUUUAUUCUUAUUUUUCAUUCAUCUUAACCCUUAAGCCCUGGGUUUGGGUGCUGCUGGCAGUAACCCCCCCCCCCAGCGGGGAUAAAUCGAGAACAAAAAUCAACUUUUCCAAAAAUAAUAAUAAAAAAUAAAAAAAUAAAAAAAAAUAAAGUAAAAUGGCGAGAAAAUAAGCAGACAUUCUGGAACGUCACCCAGGGCCUAAGUGUCAAGGGGAGCGUCUGGUCUAGAUCGCUGAAAAACGAAAAAAAAAUAUAUGUGUAUAUAUAUAUUAAAUGUGAAAAAAUUCCUGAGCAAAAGUGUUGCCGAUGGCCAUUUGCAGACUGAGUUUUAUAGCGAUAUUCGUAAUAUUUAUGUAGUCAAGUUUGAUUUAACCCCCCUCCAUACCCGUUUUCCACGUCCCCUUGGGUAAACAUGAAUGAUCGUGGUAAAAUAUUUCCCUCCCAAAAAUAUGGAGUAAAUAGCCCAAAAAAGACUUUAGAAAUACACUUCAGGCAACUCUCUUCCUCUCUAGUGAGUAGAGGGAAGCAGGACAGAAGUUUAGUCAGUAAGUCCCAGGCCUUGUCAAGGAGAAAUGGCAUAUACUCUGCUGCACAGCACAUCUUACCACACUUGUACUACUGUACCAGGCUUCUCUCCUUGAAUAUCAGGCUGGCAUGUGAUUCAAAACGUAAAAGACAACUAAAGGAAACACGUGCCAAGAGUAUUGCUGAAUCCAAGAGGAGUAAAUAAGAAAAUAUUGCUAAAACUGACAAUGGCAACAGCAUCUCAGGAGACACCCCUCCCCUCAAUCUCAUGUAAAGAAUUUAAGUAGAGUUCAGUUGGAGAUGUAAAAAAACAAAAAACAAAACAA